AUGGUUUCUUCGUCGCACCAAAAUAUAGGGGCUCCGUCCCUCCUAUUGAUGGCCCGUCGGAUGUGUGUCAAGGUGGUCAGGGAUGUUGGCUUGGCUCGUUAUGAUGUUAUACGUCCUAUCCUUCAAAAGAUAGAGAACCCUCAGCAGCUGCACGAGCUUGAGCAAAGAUCUCCACAUCUUCUUGAGCAUGAUGCUGAGCUCUGGAUUGAAUUCAUUAAACGUGAUAUCUACUUCUGGGAAAGCCUUGAUCUAUCUGAAACUCCGGAGAGUUGGUACAGCUUUUAUACCACUCUUAGGGAGAAAGCCGCCAAGAAAGUUGAUGAAGAUGCAGAGCGCAUGAGACGUGCGUUACAAGGCCUUGACAAGGAGAAAUCAAAGCACACUCCGAAGAUCGUUGACAUAAAGAAGAUGCGUCUACCAAGGGAGAAACCUACUUCUGUUCAGCGAUAUGCCCAUCAUGACCGCAUAAUGGGUGGCAUUACUCCUACCUUUGCACUAAAUACAAAAAAUAGCGAUUCUAAUAAUAGCAAGCCAUGGGAGGAUAACUCAAGGUGGAAACUAGUCCCUCCCAAGUUGCCUUCUAGACCUAGCUCUGGUGCUUCUUCUGGGAGUAGGAAGUCCGCUUUACCCGCAGCUGUUAAACGCAACCCUAAAUUAUCCACACCAACUCAUCAACUCAAUAGCAUGGCGUCCCGUGUCAGCAAAGCCCCCAAAUCUUUUAUUGAAGACCACAAACCUGUGAACCCCAUUAAACGCUCCAUUAGGCCCGCACUUCGCACCAGCAGUCCUAUAAUACCUUCUUCUCCACUAAAAUAUACCGCAGCGCCGCUGACGGCCGCGGGAAUUUCUAAUACAGCUUCACGCCGUGCCCCUAUUGCUCAAUCUAUAUUUUUGCCUCCCAAAACCCGAGUCACUCGCUCUAUUGAAAUACCUAAAUCAAAUUUUAGACCAACUACCACCACGCAGGUGGACUCGUGCACUGACACCCCUCAUCUAAUUAUCCCUAAUGACGACCGUGAACACGAUACAAGACUCCAGGACGGCGGCACCACCUCUAGCAGGCCAAAUUUGGAAAAUAAGAGACAUGCUGAACGGGGUUCCCCCAGCACCUCAUUCGACCAUAAACAGAAAAGACUAAAAGUGGCAUAA